AUGCUUAAUAAGACGGUGUUCAAUAUAGAAAAGGUUCAACUUUACCUUCAAGAUAAUUCCAAUCAUAACAUUUUAUUACAAUCGCCAAUUCAAGAAUAUGUUUUGCCAAAUCCAAUUUAUAAUUCUCCAAUAUCUACUCAUCCUGUUUGUUUUACUUCACCCAUGGUAACAUUUCAUUCUCAACGUCAAAAAUGUUAUCGGUCACAACACCAACAACAUCAUACACCACAACUAUUUUCAUCACCCAAAAUAUCGGCAUGUUUUAGUCGUUUAUCAUUUCAACCAGAAUAUUAUCCUGAACCACAUUAUCGAUGUCAGACAACACAGCAACAGCCAAAUAUCUAUCAUAGCCCAUCAACUGGUCUUAAACGUCAAUGUCAAUAUCAAUAUGAAAUUGGAUCACCAAUUAAACGUCAUUAUGUCGAGUCACCUCUUUCACCAUUAACAAAUCAUUUACAAUUAAACACAAAUAUUCAAAAUAUCAAAGAUGGUGUUGUACCGUCCAUUCGUUAUAUAAGAACCCCAGUUGUUCUAAAUACAUUGAGAGAUGAUAUACAAACGCUACCACCACAGACAUCACUAAGCGAUUCUGUUGUACCAACACAACUCGUUCAGCAUUCUGCGCCAACUACACCUAUAACUUCCUAUUCAAAACAACAGUUUAUACUGGAUACUUCAUUACCAUCAUCAUCAUCAAAAUUAAACAACAUUCAAAAUGUAGAAAAUUUAUCAAUGAAUUCUGAACGUCGUUUACGACAUAAUUUGGAACAAAAACGUAGUCAACAAAAAAUAAAAGAUGCUUUUGAGUUAUUACGUUUAACCUUGCCAGAAGAAUUGGUAUCCACACAAACGUCACUUUCACCACGUUCAACAAUGACCCGACGAGAAAUAAUUGAUGCCGCAACAAAGUAUAUGCAAAAACUAGAUAUGAUGUUGAAAAUACAACAACAGUAA